CGUCCCUCCCGAGGCCGUUCUGCGCCGGCGCGGACCGGGGAGGGCGCGCGGGAGGGGGCCGGUGCGGCGCAUGCGCGCUGUGGGCCGCGCCGCCGCCGCCGCCUGGUGCCCCCGCCGUUGCCGCCGCCGCCGCCGCCUCCUUUCCGCCGGCGGGUGUGUGAAGGAGGAGCCGGAGCCGGGGCUGACUCCGCCAUGGGGAGAAAGUCAAGUAAAGCCAAGGAGAAGAAACAGAAGAGGUUAGAGGAGCGGGCUGCCAUGGACGCCGUCUGUGCCAAAGUGGAGGCUGCCAACAAGCUCGAAGACCCCUUAGAGGCCUUUCCCGUGUUCAAGAAAUAUGACCGGAAUGGAUUAAAUGUCUCCAUUGAGUGUAAGCGAGUGUCGGGCCUGGACCAGGCUACAGUGGACUGGGCCUUCGAUCUCACCAAAACCAACAUGCAGACCCUGUAUGAACAAAGUGAGUGGGGCUGGAAGGACCGAGAGAAGAGGGAGGAGAUGACGGAUGAUCGGGCCUGGUACCUCAUUGCUUGGGAAGAGAGCACCAUCCCCGUGGCCUUCUCGCACUUCCGCUUCGAUGUGGAGUGUGGGGACGAAGUCCUGUACUGCUAUGAGGUACAGUUGGAGAGCAAAGUGCGGAGGAAAGGUCUGGGGAAGUUUCUAAUCCAGAUCCUGCAGCUUGUGGCCAACAGCACCCAGAUGAAGAAGGUCAUGCUGACAGUGUUCAAACACAACCAUGGAGCAUACCAGUUUUUCAGAGAAGCGUUGCAGUUUGAGAUCGAUGACACCUCUCCCAGCAUGUCCGGCUGCUGUGGUGAUGACUGCUCCUAUGAGAUCCUGAGCCGGAGGACGAAGUUCGGUGACAGCCAGCAUGCCCACUCGGGUGGGCACUGUGGCGGCUGCUGCCACUGAGGCUGCACCAGGCCCCAGAGCCACCUCUUCCCCUGGCCUGGUCCCUUCCCCUGUUCCCAUCACUCCACACAUUCUCAGCUGCCUCUCACCUUUCAGGUCCCCCAGGGCGGUGGUCCCCUCAGCUCGAGAGGCUGCCCUGGUGCACCCCCAGAAGCACUGCCCCCCCCCCACAGCAUUGGUGAGCAGCGCAGGGCAGCAGGGCUCUUUGCCAGUCCAUGACACAAGAUGGGCCUGUUUCCAAGCCGUGUCUUUGGAAGCAUCUCUCUUCCCUUUCUCCACUUAGCCAGAACCCCAGCUCCCCCCAGCAAGACCCCGCUGCUUGUAGAAGAGCAGCUGGAUGCUGCUGGGCUCCACAGAGAAAGAGAGGAGAAGGGGGGUGCCUAGGCAGCCCCAGGGGGACACGAGAGUGCCCAGAGUCUGGCCAGGAGAAAACGGCAUUUGGUCUGUGGUUUCCUCAGAAAAGGCCAGAAAAGCGGGCUGGAGGAAACAAGCUCUUUUGGAAGGUGUAUGUUUGCAGAAGUGCAGAGUAAAAUUGACCCAAGGGUACACGGGACACUGUGGGGACUGUAUGGGGGUGGUUGGUCCUGACCCUUCUCUCUCCAUCAGGCCCGGUGACCAACUGGGCCCGGGCUGAGAGGCCUGGGAAGGAGCCGUCGCCCCCCCCCCCCCCGCCAGAGCUUUGGGCCACUGGUUUUAGGUCCGUGACAGUCAAUGGUGCCAGCUUGUCCUCUGCUUGAACCCCUUCCCCAAAGUGCUGCUGCCCCACUCCUGGGGAAACAUCAGGGAGUCCCCAGGCUUCCCCUGGAAAGAGGCCUAGUUCCUGUCUGCAUAUUCAAUGCCAUUCCCUCUGUACUUUGGUGCUGAUUCUUCCCCUCCCCCACCCAGCAGCAGCAGGCCCUGCUUUUACUUUGCCUAGGGCCUCUCACUCCUCUGCCUCAGUGAGGCAAUAGUGCUGCUGACCCUGUCCAGACUCUACCAGCUGUCUGUGGACCAGGGGGCAGCUCAGUCUAGCCUCUAUCCAUUUCUUUCAGGGAUGCACUCUGACCUGCUCCCAUCUAGCCAGACUUCUCAGUCUCUCUGGCAGAAUCCGCUCUGUCCUUCCUAGGAUGCUGCGAUGGGGAGGAGAGAAGGACCCUGCUGAGGGGUUGGGAGAGGGAGCUUUUGUAGCUUCACCCAAGAGGAGUGGCUUUUCAGAUGCUGAACUCCCACCCUCAUCUGUCCUCCAGCCUGGGGCAAGGGUUACGAAGCCCACCUUUCCCCCGGCGUGAUUCCUUUGAAGCCCCUCGGUGGGGAGCCUCUUUAAAGUUUUAACCUCUGUGAAGGUUUUUGUAGAAGGCCUAUCCUUGGACCUGACCUCAGAUUUUCCUCACACCUGCAAUGCCCCAACUCAGGAGGCAGCUGUGCCUGCCUGUUCUUAGAAUCUCCCCUGUGAGCCCCUUCUCCCCCUUCACUGCUGUGUGGGAGCACAGACACAUGUGCAGUGUGUCAUCCUACAGAACACCAGCCUGUGAGCUGCUGGAGACCAGGGACCCUGCGCACUAGGCUUAUACUCCCCUCUGCAGCUCACACCCUGCUUUCCCUUGGAAAGGGCCAGGGUUUGUUGUUGUUGUUUUUUUUUAAAGAUGUCUUUGCAGCUUUUACACUGGAUUAGAUCCCCACUCCUCCAUCCCUGGUGUCUCUGAGAGAAGCUCCUGCCACAGGGUGGAUUUUCUAGGUCAUUGAAAGGGGCUGAUUUGGGCUCCCUCACACUAGGAGCAAAGAAGAGUUUCCCUUCUCCUCUCCAGGGAUAUGAACCAAAAUAUUUUGGGUCUCAGAUCAUGGAUUUCUGACUAUACCCCCAGAAUUCCAAAAGAAUCCCCAACAAAAAUUCCAAGUAACUUGAGUUCCUGGUGUGUCUCUUUUUUACUGAUUUCUUGACCUCUUCCUAAUAACCAGACCCCGAUUACCAAACUCGUUUGUAGAGGGGUGACAUUGAGGUUGCUGCCAUCUUUAUGCCAGUGCUCUUCGAUUAGCAUAGAUGCUGACGGGCAGCAUCGAAGGACUAGCAAGUCAUUCCUUGGUUUGGUUUUCCUGUUUUGAGAUCCGCUUAGCCCUUUUUCACAUCAGUAUCUCACCUCAACUUCCACUAAGUCUAGCCUUUGAGAAAUGUAGCUCCCUGUUUGGACUGUAUCGUUGUUUUGUUUGGGGCACGUUGAAGUAUUUUUGUUGAAGAUGUCUUCUUUUUAAGUUGUAUCCAUCCUUUGCCCAUGCUGGGUCACUUCUCUUUCUGUGUCUGUGUGUACACGUGUGUGUGGGAGUGUGUGUGUGCCAGGGUGAGUGUGAUUCUUUUUAACCCUUUCUGUUUUUUAGAGGAAAAUUUGAAAACAGACCUACUCUUGAUAUAUAUUUUUUCCUUAGUAAAUUCUUUUCUCACUGGAAUCAAAGGGAAAAAAGCAAACCUUUUGCAUUGGUUUUAUUUGUAUGUUACAAAUAAAAGACACUUUGUUCA